GGGUGCGGGCGCUGUCGCCGUGGGGAGAGGGGAGCGGCGAGGGAGGCUGCGGCGUGGGAAGCGGGGCAGGCAGUGGGGCUCGCCGCGGGCAACCCCAAUGCGUGGACUAUCCGCUGCUGCAUUAUGCUGGAGCUACAGUUCCGCUGAAGGGACUUUGCACACGGCCGGCUGGGCUGGACUGCAGCGCUGCCGUUCCUUAUGAAGAAGGCACAAACUUGGAUUAUCACUUGCUUUUGUCUUCAACUACUCCUACUUAAUCCUCUUGUCAAAGCCCAGAGUUCCUGCGGGAAUCCAGUGACAGAUGAUGUGAAUGACAUUGCAAAAUUGGUCGGAAAUCUCCCAAAUGAUUAUAUGAUAACCCUUAAAUAUGUCCCGAAGAUGGAUAGUCUGCCUAAUCACUGUUGGUUGCAUUUGAUGGUGCCUGAAUUUUCAAGGAGUCUACAUAAUCUUCUCCAGAAGUUUUCAGAUAUUUCAGAUAUGUCUGAUGUUUUAAGCAACUAUUUAAUCAUCAAUAAUCUCACAAGGAUAAUUAAUGACCUUAUGGCAUGUCUAGCUUUCGAUAAAAAUAAGGAUUUUGUAAAAGAAAAUGGUCACCUUUAUGAAGAAGGUCACUUCAUUCCUGAGGAUUUUUUUAGACAUUUUAAUAGUACCAUUGAGGUUUACAAGGAGUUUGCAGACACGUUGGAUAAGAAUGACUGCAUUCUGCCUUCAACGGUAGAAACACCAGAGAAUGAUUCCAGAGUCGCUGUCACAAAAACAUUUUUGUUUCCUCCUGUUGCUGCCAGCUCCCUUAGGAAUGACAGCAUUGGCAGUAACACUAGCAGUAACAAAGAGGCACUCGGCUUCAUUAGCAGCUCCAGCCUGCAAGGGAUCAGCAUAGCAUUGACAUCAUUGCUGUCUGUUCUUAUUGGCUUUAUUUUGGGAGCCAUAUACUGGAAGAAAACACAUCCGAAAUCCAGACCAGAAAGUGAUGAAACUACACAAUAUCAGAAUUGUCAAGAGGAAAAUGAGAUAAGUGUGUUGCAGCAAAAAGAAAAAGAACAUCUACAAGUGUAGCUGUUGUGUUUUCUCCCUCAACACUGUUACCUUUUCAUAUACUGGCAGGUAACAGUUCCAUGUUCGCUUCAUAAAUGAAGCAGCUUUAAGCACAUUCGUAUUCCUUCUGGAGUGACAGACUGAGUCUGCAUCUGUUGUUGCUGCCCAUGACUCCAUAGACAUGAUACAGAAAUGAGGACAAUUUGUGUUCGUUACUGUGAAACCAACACUGAAUUGAACAACAGCAAGAAGAGUGUGCACUUAGCAGGACUAUACCUUAUGUGAAUAUCUACCUUGUGUGGCAUUUUGUGAUUUUUAUUGCAUUAAUACUUACACCUGACUCUGGCAAACAAAGUACACGUCCUGAACAAUAACCAUCUUUCAAAUGUCUACAACUGUGUGUAAUCAUGGAAAGUCAUAAAUACCUUUGCAUCCUUAAUUUAAGUUCUGUGUCCUCUGCCUUACCUUCAUGUCUUCAGAUGGGGUUCUCCGAACUGACAGAAAAUGCGGAAAUGGAUACAGAUAACAUACCAUUCAAUAUUGUAUAUAAAACUUGAAAACAAAGUCAUGCCAUGGACUUGUGUUCCAGCCUUUUACUUACAAGGAGCUGUGUUUAUGCCUGGCAAAGGUCAUGUAAAGCAACAUGUAGUCUCUGUCGGGUGCCAGGUGGCUGGUUGCCCACUCUAGAAAGCCUCAAGAAUUCAUCGCCGUUGGUGGUCUCUGUUCAGGAGAAGCAAAUACUGGAUGAAGACAAAGUGCACAGGAGGUGAAAGUACCUCAUGGAACUUAGAAGCAUUAUGAGUAACUGUUGGGUAUGUGAACGCUGGUGAAGUUUCCAGCCGUGCGAAUGGAAGUGAAAGUAAAGAGUCUGAAUCGCGUUCAAACAUCAGAAUAAAGACAAAUCCAUGAAAUGCAUUUUGAAUCCUGAAAAUGCAUGCCAUUGUUACCUUGUCUUUAAAAGUAUAACAUAGAAAAUCUGAAAGAUUUUGAGAAUGUAUUUAUCUUUUACUUACAUCAGCUGCGAUUAGCAUUUGCGUUGUGUUUUAAAUGGUUAGUAGACUUUGUUAUCCUGGCUUUCUACACUCUUAAAGUUAAUUCUUGAAACAAAAGAGAAAGGCUGUAUUUCUCACUUGUCUUUGCAUCUAUUGCUGUUUUAUGAUCUAUGGGACCUGUACAGGAUUCACAUACAGACAUGCAUUUUCAAGUAAAUCCUAAAUACUAUGGUAAAAGUUAGAAGUGUAGUUGUGCAUCUUUUUUUCCUGGCUCUUUCCAGAUAAUGGGUAUGAAUUAUUUAUCUGUAUUAGGGUUUUGUACUUCAGAAGGUAAAGGUAGCUCACUUCAGAUGACAAAUUGUCAUCUGUCAUCAAACUCACCAGGUCAGCAAGAGUUUUAGUUUAAAUAACUUGGAAGUUAUUUUUAAAAAACAAACACUACCUUUUUAGUGUUUUGCAUAAAGUUGUUCUCUUUAAAAUAUAUUGUUACUUAAUUUUUAAUCAUCUGCUGAAUUUUAUGAGAACCAUGCAUAAAAAGAAUAUUAUGUAUGACAUACAUAUAAUAUAUAUGUGUGCGUGCGCGAGAGAGAGUGUGUGUGUGUAUUAUGGGUAAAAUUCAUCUUUCAUACUUACUGAAAAUAAAAACCCUCAAAAUCCUACUGUCUGAUGACAGAGCUUACGUGUGCAUGCAGCCAUUCUGUGUGGAAUUUUGACCCUACUGCGAUCAAUGUCAAAACUUAUUGUGAAUACACUAAUACAAGGAUUUGACCAUGUGGAAUUAUUUUUAUUUAUACUUUUUGCACUUUCUGGGUGUCAGAAGGAGGUUCUCAAGUCCCUCUCAGCUGGUGUAAAUUACCAUAGUUCCAUUAAUGUUAACAGAGUUUUGAGGGACUUCUCUUAGAGUAAAUCAAAAGAAGCUCAGUGUGAGAAUUAGGCCUUUAUUUUUAUUCAGAAGGUGGUGGAGCUGUCACCACUUAAUAAGAAAAAAUCAAGGUUACUCAUCACUUCUGAACAGCAAGUGCAUUGCAGAUUUUACCUCUGCAACAACGGAAUUCUCCAUCUGCAACUCAGUCUCAUUUGACAUUGUGUAGCUCUUCCUCAAAAGUCCCUUGGACUUUGUGUUUCACACUUACUUAAGAUUUAGCUUGAAAGAAAUGUCAGAAUGACCUAAUGGAUGGGAAAUGGGCACCUUAUUGGUAGUGCAGGGAAUAACUAUGUAUUGGUUUUGAUGGAGUAGAAGACUAUGCAUAAUAAAUGGAAGCAAUUUAUCCAUACACAUUUUACAGAAACCUUAAAUACUUCAUGUUGCUAUACACUAUGUUCUUAAACCAAGCUUAUGGAUUUGAUGUCUUACAGUUUUUUUCUCAAAUUCAGUUAAAAACAAAUCCUGUAUUUAUUUAUGUUCUUUGUUCAUGAGAAUGUUAGUUUUUCUAAAUGUUUUUUUUCCAGAAAAUCAAGUACACAAUAAUAUUGCACAUCACUGUGCCCCAAAUUAUACUUUGAUAUUCAAAAUGCACUGUAUUUUAGGCUUUUUAGUCCACUGAUUGAUACUAAAGUAAUUAUCCAUUGUAAAUUGAAACAUACAUUAAACCCUUAUAGGCUGCUGCCAAAUGUUCACCUUUGAAGAGUAACAUCUUCAAAUAGUAGCUAAGUUACUUUCAAAUAAUAUCACCUACUUUAAUCUCUUCCAUUGAGCAAGGUAAAUUCAAGGCUGCGUGAGAACAGAAAGAAAAUUCAUGUAUAAACCUUCCAACUUCACAUUGCAAACAUUAUUCUUAGAAUAUGAACCAAAGUCGUACAACACAUGAAGUGGCAGAAAUGUAAUUGGAGCUCAUGGUUUUCCUGUUCUUUGUACCGUCUUUCAAGACAUCUGAACAAAACAUUGGGUGUUCUCAAUCAGAUAUUAUUUGAAAAUUUCUGUGCCCAGUUUGUACACCCACUGAGGAGUCCCUUACUUCAGAUAUAAUGAAAUUUUGUAAGACUACUGACUUGUGCUACCUAUUUUAAAUCAAUGCAAAUAGGAUAAUUUACUGCUCAGUCGAAGUAGUGAUGGCAGAAAUAGUCUCUUAUUGUUUCUUUGUAGUCAUAAGCUAUUUCACUUCUGAAGUGAUCAGUUUUUCAGUCUUUGUUUUUGAGUAGACAAUAACACAUGCAUUAACACAGAAAAAACUCGCCCUUUCUCUUAAACUGAAAUUGAGGGAAAGUUAGUGUUGCGGUUUUUUUAUAUGAAAGUUAGCCAAAUCUUGUUUUCAGAUAUCUCUGGUUUUGUGAGAAAUUAACAUUUUUAGGUUUCCUUUGAUGUAGUUGAACUUUGCAUGCAAUUAAUAGUGGCCCUGUGAGAAUAAAAAGCAGAUAGUGAUAUACUGAGUAACUCAAUGUGCUACUUCAGAUGUGUGUUUACUUGAAUAAAUUAAUGGUACUUAUUUCAUCACAAGGUCAUUUUAUAAAUAAGCUUAUAAAAUGUGCUAUAUAAUGGAAUAUGUGGACAAUCUGCACAUCUUAGAUUCUGAUCUCUACCAGCUGUUUUCUCUGUUGCUCUCUCUUUGUAAUAUGCUGGAACUGUUCAGCACGCACAAUACAGCUAUUGAAAAACUAACUCUAUGUAUAAAACCAGAUAUUUUGUGUUAUAUUUACAUCUAGAAAUUAUCCAACAUUUUUCAAUUCAGGAAUCUGAUUCAACUAUUAAACGCAAAUCUUCAGUAAUGGUGGCAUGUUGCUAUUAAGAUCUCAAAUUGAUGGAACGCGGAAACUUCAGACUCUUUAGUGAUAGAGACAUAGACUUUUGCUGGUUGUAUCAUUGGCAAAUUCAUUUAUUUUGAGGUAAAUGUCAACACAAUCUUGCAUAGUUACAUUCUGACUGAAGGUAAUCAACACAGUUUAUAAAAUGUGAUGUGUCUGUAUAUAAGUGUCUUCCUAAAGAUAGAUGUUUUCCCUGAUCCUUUUUUAUACCAGUUCAAAUUCGGAAUUUACAUUAUAUACAUAUACUUUAUUGUUCUAAAUAAAGAUAUUAUGCA